CGCGCUGUGUUUUGUUUUGGUAAGUAACUCGAACGUUUCAGUCGAGUUAACGACAGCGAAGCGAGCGCACGUGUAAACUUUCCUUCCCAUUUGUGAAAACGAUUAUUUUUAUAACCAGUCUUUUAAGAACGAUGAUCCUCAAUUUCAACGUCGAGGAAUAUCGAUGCAACUUCUGCAACUGUCCAUACUCCUCUCAAAGCCAUUUGAAGAGGCAUCUAACCAGAGGUUGCUUCAUGGAUCCCUCGUUCAGGAUCGAGGAAAGACGAACGAUGAAUCGAAUCGAGUCGAGGAACCACGUUUGCCCAAAGUGUUCCCAAGGAUACAAGAACAAAAGGACACUGGAUACGCAUUUACGGACAGUUUGCGGCCGAGAACCGAAAUUUCAUUGUCCCUAUUGCGGCCUCAGGAGCAAACAUCCGCCUAAUAUUUACACUCACAUUAGGCGUAGACACAAGGGGGAGGAUUUGUUCUUAAUUGUCGAUAAAGAUCAACGAUGUUGAAGUAUCGUGUUUUAUCGAUUUUUACGAAUUUUUGUUAAUUUUUUUCUCCCCUCUCCUCCCUCUCCUAUCCAUGUAAUUUUUUCAUGUUUGGUAAUAUCAAUAUUUUUCUUUUUCUUUUGAAUAUAAUAAA